CGACAACCAUCCUCAGCCAACUACAGUAUCAGGGUUUCAUCAGUUUCCAUUCAGAGGAGACUUAUGCCAUCAUUUCUGGAUUCUUUGAGCGUAUAAAUCGCCAGUUGCACGUGCUCCGGCAGCUGACCGCCUUCCUUUCCUCUGGGGGAGGGAAGUUUGUUGUGGUAGAAUGGCGAGAUUGGCCCGGUCGCGAGAGGCUGCUCAGUCCUCAACUGAGCACUGGGUUACGUCGAAGGGUAAGGCCUGGACUGGGAGUCCUAUUCGGAGACGAGUAACGCGUAGCCAAAGUCGUGAUUUGGAGGGAUCCGGACCUCAGCAGCACGAUGAUGGCGAGGCGUCGAUGGAUGCCGGUCGCAGAAGGGGGGGAGGCCUAGGUAAAGGUCGUAUGGGCGGAGAGGGCUUGGAUGUCGUUUCCGAGGAAUCUCCCCUCCAGUCAGCUCCGAGGCUCGGCCAGUAUGCAAACCAGGUCAUUCCAGAGACUCCAGAAGAGGAGGCCAAUAUCUCUGGCACCACUAUCCUGCCUUCAGAGCCAGAUCUUGAUUUAGAUCCUGAUAUAAUGGUGGAGGCUCUCCCGGACUUGGAGCGUGCUGCUGGCAAUGUGCUUGACUUUCUCGUCCCCGGGUCCGCAGACCCCGUCAGCAUCAUUAGCACUGCGAAGAAGCUGGGAGAUCCUGGCAGUACUCAAAGCAGACGUCUGCAGCGGUCGGUGACCAAUCUAAACCAUGAGGUAAAAUACUUUGGCCUAUCUACCCAUUCGACCUACCUCGAUGUGGAGCAGAUUGUGAAGGUCAGUGGGCUGGAAGACCGCUGGAAGCCGUUUCUACACAAAGCCAAUUGUGCUCGCUUUGCGUUGCGAAUGCUCCUUGCUAGACCUGGCACCAAUUCUUCCCCAGAGCAGACAAUCUCCAGCAUCCAAGCACAGUUCCCUCUGCCUUUCAUGACAAAUCUGGUCGAAAAGGAUGUACAGAAAUCGGUCGACGAAAGCUACUUGGACAAAGAUACAUUUGAGCUUGCGCUGGAGAUCCGUACCCAGUACUUGAUAAUGCAGCUUGAAGCACACCAGGAUGACGACGACUUCGACCCAGUUGAGAUACUGACAAGUGGUUUUUUCUUGCAUUUGCCCAAGGAUGCGACCGAGGAUGCUGAACGUCGGUUCCGCGGUUUCAACCUGGAGAGGUUCACUGGCCUCAGGCAGGAGCUUCCCUCUAGGUAUCGAAGUGAUGUUGAGGAUCGUUACAAUGAUAUGCGUGUGGUUUUAGAGGUAGACGGUACCCUUGAGGCACUCAAGGGUGACUACCGUUGGCAGAAGUUUGUUAUGCAGGCUGUCCGAUGGAUUCGCAAGAGGACGGACGAAAUCAACAAUGACCUGAUACACAUGGAUGAUGUUUACUCCAUGUCAAAAACCCGUCACAGCCUGGGAAAUACUAUGGGCUUCUCUACGCCUAGUAGUCAGCGGAUGGAGAAUCGUUUUCCUGUGGUCAAUAAUUCUGCGCGGAAGACUGUUGGCUUUUCAGAUGGUCAAGGCCCAUCCCAGCCUUUAGUCCGAGCAUCUCCCGUGAGCUCACAAAGGACUGCUACACCCGCGCCUGCCCCCAACCCUCAUACUGUGCCAGAUAUUAUCGAACCAGAGACAACCGUGCCAAGGGUCGCUUCAGUGCCCCGCGAUGUUUUGCCCCCUGCUGACACGAGGGAGCCUACUUCGGAGGUUAGUGAUCGAAGGAAGUCUUCCAGACCCUCCUUUUUGAAUAAAGCGGCAAUCAACCGAGUGAUGCAACGUCAGCAACAACUCCGGGGCUUGACUGAGACGUCCAGUUCUCACCGACAAUCAGACUUUGUCAGGCCGAACCGUCCUGAUGUGGCACAGCAGUCUACAUCCGACAGGCGACAGACCGUAGCUGCAAUGCCACCUCGGCAGAGGUCGGUAUCCGCGCAGCCCCAUGAGACCUUUGAUGCCUCUCGCACGCUCGUGAACGAAGACUCUCAGGUAAAUGAUGACACUCAAGUAAACGACGACUCUCAGGUGAACGACGACACUGAGGCAUAUGAGGAGACUGAGUUGAACGAGGAGACUCAGGUGAACGACACGGAGGUAUAUGAGAAUCGGUUGAACGAUAACUCCACCGUAAUUGAUGAGACGGAGAUUACUGUCAACGACGAGCCUCUUGAUAUAAGUCAGCAUACCGAGAGUCAUCCAGAGAGGUCCCACAGUCCUCCAAUGAACAGGUCCGCUUCAAGACCUCGCCACGCACCUACUUCUUCACUGGCCCCGCCUACAACAAACAACCUCGCACUUCCCUCAAGCAGGGAUGUUUGGAAUAUGGCAAAACCGCAAGCGCCCCCUCGUCUGGAUGCCAAUCACAGUUCACGCCCUGCAUUCAUUGAUCGCCAAGAAAAUGCCGUGCGCGUAUCCCCUGUCAGCCAGGCAUCGGACAUCAGAAGUGUUGAACGGAGGCCUCGUGGACGACCUCCCAAACGCCGACGUGAGACCAGCAGUGUUUCAGAAAGCGACGACGAGUUUGAUACAAAUGAUCGUGUAGUAGACACAGAGCGCCGGCGUGCCGCUAAGCCAGUGCAGGCGCGGCAGAGUAAGCGUGCAAGGGUGGACAAUGGUCAUGAAGAUGGCCGAGAUGGCGUCGAAGAGCAGCGUCGGCAAGGAUCGCAAGAUGCUGCUCGGUCUCCAGCACGUACGCAGGCCGAAUCACACCAAGGAAGCAAUCAAGAGUCCACCUCGCCGCCACCUAGGCGUAAAACUGUUUCUGCCCGAGGAAGACAAUCGAGGGGCUGGUCAGAGGCUGAAGAUACACGACUGGUACGUUUGAUCAAAGAACACGGCAUCUCAUGGGCGAAGAUCGAAAAUGAAAACCUGGUUCAGCCCGAGAAGGCGGGCGAAACCCGGAUUAAGGAUCGAAACCAGGUGCAACUGAAAGACCGCGCAAGAAAUCUGAAGAUUAAGUUUUACCGGGAGGGAUUACCAAUCCCCGAGAAUUUUGGUGGCGUGACGAUGAAGAGGGGAGAUUGUGCGAGGCUCGAAAGAAACGGUGUCGAUUUAUCUCGUGAGCAAUGAAUUGGAGCAGUUGGGUCUAGGGUUCACGAAGUAUAUGCUCAUCAUUUUCUGCUGGACCAAGAAUGAGUCAGGAUAUUUUCAUAAUAUCUGUUUUGGGGGGUUUUGGGUUCUGUGACGGUCUAUGUAUAUUGGAGCUCAUGGCAGAUGUUGUUUUGUACUAAUGCUUUCGAUCUCG